ACACACUCUCUCUCUAGCUCACUGAGCCUGGUCGAGAAAGGGGAAAGAUUUUUGAGCUCUUAAAAUACUCAUAGAAAUCUCUCAUUCUCUCUCUAGAAAUGGCAAGGGCUUGGCUUAUUGAUGGCAGAUCAAUUGCAAGGAAAGUGUCACGAUCUUCUGCUUAUCAAAUCAAAGACUGUGGGGCAAUUCGUGAGUGCCCAAAGUGCCAUUGUCAUAUAGAUAACAGUGAUGUUACUCAAGAAUGGCCUGGCCUGCCUAUUGGUGUAAAGUUUGAUCCGUCUGAUGCACAGCUUUUAGAGCAUUUAGAAGCAAAAUGUGCUGUUGGAAAUUCCAAACCUCACAUGUUCAUUGAUGAGUUUAUUCCAACACUAGAUAGUGAUAAAGGAAUUUGUUAUACCCAUCCAGCAAAGCUUCCUGGUGCUAAGAAAGAUGGAAAUAGUGUCCAUUUCUUUCACAGAACAAAUAAUGCUUAUGCUACUGGUCAACGAAAGCGCCGAAAGAUCCACUGUGAAGUCGGUUCCAAUGAGGACAGUGUCCGGUGGCACAAGACAGGCAAGACAAAACCUGUGAUGGACAACGGAGUUCAGAAAGGCUGCAAGAAAAUCAUGGUUCUUUAUAAAAGUUCAAAGAAGGGGUCCAAACCAGAUAAGUCUAAAUGGGUUAUGCAUCAGUACCAUCUGGGUACUGAUGAAGAUGAAAAGGAAGGUGAAUAUUUAGUUUCCAAAAUUUUCUACCAGCAGAAACAAACUGAAAAGAACGAUGACAAUCAACUUAUUGAAGAUAAUGAUAUUUUGUCACAUCAAACUAGUCCAAGGACCCCCAAUUCCAAUCCUCCCAACCCGCCACGACCAGCGAAAUCUGUCAUGUAUGAUGACAUUACCAAUGACAACAGAACGCAGUUGGCUGUGCAGAACAAUGAGAUUAAGGAAGAAGCACCUGAUGUCCCAGCACAUGUUUUUCAGCUUGAGGGUGAUGUGGAAUUCCCUGAAUGGUUUGCUGGUGAAUCUCAGGCUGUUGAAAACUCUGAUUUCAGUGCCUUGGAUGAUUCUCUGUUAUGCAAUGAAAUUUUUGUUUCUGCUCCUCGUGUUCCAAAUAAUUCAGGGGUAAACCGUGUUUCAUACACUGGCAUGGCACACAAUACAAACGAAGUGAAUGGAAACAAUAACGAACCUUGUGGAAUUGCUGAAUUGGAGAACCUUGAGCUGGACACUCCACCAGAUUUCCAGCUUGCUUUUCUAAUAUGUUCCGCAGGAUCUGCAGUUUGGCUCUCAGGAAAGUAUCCUUGGAUGGCUAGACCGAUUAUGAAGACAUGGUGGAGCAAAAGCUUCCACCAAUAAAAAUCACUUGCAAGUUUUGUGUCUCCCAUUUUCUGGGUGAAGCUGUCUGGUAUUACCAGCAUUUUCUUCAGCGGAAUGAAAUUAGCUUUUGAGUAUUGGUUUAGGGGUGCAAGGAGUUCAGCCUUAAUUUUCGGAAUGAAAAUCUUCAGGGCGUGACUUGAAGGAUCGCAAGGCUAUGGGUUGUUACGUCUGAUUCUGUGUUGUUCGAGAAAUCAGUCCCAGGAGCUGCUACUGUGGUGUGGUGGAAAUGGGGCUUUCUGGUGAUUUUGUGCUCUUCUAUGUGGUGUUUUCCACCAUUUAGGUGUUCAAAUUAGUAAUUAUUGAACUUAAUGCUAAUGAUGUUGGCUAAAGGGAAAAAGCCAUAUUCUCAGAGGAGUUGACUGAGGUGUAAUUGUUAUGAAGCACAUCUACUACUUGGUACCGCGCAGCAAGCAAAAGCUGUGGAAGCAGCAAUUCAAUCCUUGGCAACAUCUCUUAACAUAGAAUAUUAGACUACUUGUAUGUAUGACUUGGAUGUGUUCAGUGUUUAAAGGAAUGUUUGGAUUGUUUUUCAUAGCUCCACUUUUAACUUUAUUUUUGAAAAACAGCAACUAAUUUUUUUUUUUU